CCAAUAUUCGUGCGAAUACACGUGAGGGACAUACCCAACUUGAUACGGCAGGAACACCUGGAGUGACGCCAAGUGCCUGCCCAGAAUGUCUGUUCGUUCCUCCGCAGUUUCCAGAAAACCGUCACCACCACCAAGCGUCCCGUUCGUCUAUCCUUCCGUCCCAAACUGAGGCCGUUCUUCGUUCCAUUCCUUCCAGUUUCGUUUAUUCCUCAGGUAGGUAGGUACCUUACCUAAGUACCUUAGGUAACCUCGGGAGACGCCAUAUUUUAUUGUGCCAACUACAUACUGUCCGUCCGAAUUGACACAACUGUCAUAAACGGGCGGUUGCAAAUGCUCUCCGGUUUUUGCUCCCAAAAGUGUUGCUGGCACCUGCUCUUACGGGCAUCUCUCGCCGUGCAAGCGACUGUUUCUUACUGGCCCGCGAUUGCUCAUAUGCCGUGUCUGCGUCGCGCGCUGUCCUGCAUUCUUGUGGCUCCUUGGCUCCUCCCACUCACUCCUCCAGGGCAGGCUUCAAGCUUCAGGCUUCACCUCCUCUUUUCAACCCCCUCCAAUCGAUCGACAAAGGGGUCCGUAUUCGCUGCUUGGGUAAAGCAGAUAUUGCCAGGCCGCAGAUCACGUAACAACCCGCUUUGGCAAGUUCAAGGCCCAACGAGGCCCGCCCGUCCUUCGGUCCAUUUAUCGCGCCAUGCUGGGGGCUACAUUCGACUUUCAGCUUGUCCACCGCACUUCGCAAUCAGCCAAGCAUCUGCCACGCCGCCCACUGCAGGCUACAGGCUACAGCACUGAGCAAUGAGCGCGCAUUGAACGCCUGGACAACAAGAGUCUUGGCACUCAUCGGCUUUCGGGCAUUGCUUCGGCGAAGGGUUUUUUUCUUCUUCUUGAAUUUUCUCACUUCCUUUCGCAAUGUCCCGUCCUCUGAUGCCGCAAAUAGAAACACGGAACGAAGUGACGUUUCUCCACUCUGCUAAGGGUAUUAUUCUCUUACCGGAUACACGCCUAUCUCCAUAGUACACCAUCCACACCUGCGUAUUUUUUUUUUCCUGCCUCUCCGCGGAAUACCUCGACAUUGCACCACGAUUUCGCCGAGGCAGAUAGACAAGCCAGAGAGGCAUCGGCUCCAAGGCAGGGAAGGGGAUCUCGGAUGAGGAGGAGGGGUCAAGCGUGGCAAAACCGUCGACUGAUUUUAGGUUGGCGUUCCCAAUGAGCCGGAUCCUGCUUCCCAGGACUCGACGACAAGACUUCGGACUCGCACCCUCAAUGGGCCAAAAGCGGGAGGCUUCCACUGCUUCGUACGGAGUCACGCAACAGAAGCCACUGAGGGGAAAGGGGGGGAAGCUGCGAGUCGUCAACGAUUUUGUGGGCAGUCAUCCUUAGUAAUUCUCUCGAGUGGGUUGAUCUGGUGGAGCGGAUGACUGGCUUCUUUCGCUUUCGAGGUUGCCAAAUCCCAAGGCCUCCCUCCCUUCCCUCUCGGCUCCGGGAACGCUCACCUUGCCUGACGGAUGGGGUAUUGGGUAAAGUACUUUGCUACAGACAGAUAUUGGAUUGCUUGAACAAGUUACGGUCCAAAGUUUCUUACGAAUAAGGUACACUACAAAUCCGCCUUUCCCCGAGCCACCUGCCGCCCAAUGCUUUCCUCUCUCAUACCUACUCUCUUGCCCUUUUCUUCUUCUCCCCUCUCGCAGCGCCCCUGCAACCUCCUGCACCCUUGCAGAUGGAUCAUGGAGGAGAGCGAUGGAGGAGGCUAAGAAGCUUUUACUCGUCUCACAGUCUCAUGCUGGGUGUGCCUGGGUCCGGGUGGGAGGAGUCCCAUUGAAUCUUCGUCCAACUUGGCCCGAAAAGGUCCAGAAUCCGGG